UAACCCCAGAGGAGUCAUACGAAGGCGAAUAUGACGAUAUAUGGUCCCAGCCACAGCUAACAGCUGUACCAUGGAGGUCUAAGGCUACCUCCGAGUUGUCGUGGAGAGAACCAGAGGAAUAUCCGUUGGCUUGGGACGGGCAUGAAGGUUGAGAUUGUUCGCUGCAUCUUGGGAUGGUGUGUUGCGGGUCCUGAUACCCGCUUGGAAAAUCUAGGAACUCGUCAAAUAGAAUUUGUUCAGUAAAAGGCCCCCUCGCACGCGGGUGAAGAGGGCGGUUGGUGGAUGAGGGUCGUAAGCGGAAGAUGGCGCGGGGCCCUUUAUGCUUCAGCCGAAGGGCUGAUCACGUGCGACGUGAGACGGGCAACGGAGACAGGCCCCUGUCUAGCGCACAUGGUUGCCAUCGUAUCGUUAACUUUUGUCUGCAGCAGCGCCAGCACAGCCUGCCAUCAGCUGCAACGGUGGGAGCUCAGCCCUGCACCAUGGCCAUACCGACAUCACGAAUUCUGCGGCCGUCGCUGCCGUCUGCACCCCGCGACACCGCUCUUUCGCUUUUUGCGUCCCCGACGCAAUGCACACGGCGCACCCCCCUAGCACGCUUCUCCACAUCACCAUCAUUACUGAAGGGGCCGGGAAGGGGAGAUAACAACAAGAAUCGGGGUGUGUCAGGAGUGCGACAUACAGGACUGCGGCCGAGGCAGACGCUCUCGGUCAAGAACAAGGACUACGAGAACCAGAAGCUGCCCACGCCCGUGCAGCCGACCUCGCAGAUCAGCGGCGAUCCAGAUCAUGGGCUCUACGGGUUCUUCAAGGACAAGAAGCUGUUGCUAACGCCGGUCGAAGAGGGACGACAUGGACGAGCGUGGACCGUCAACGAACUGCGAAAUCGCGAUUGGGAGACUCUGCAGCAGCUAUGGUGGGUGUGUGUCAAGGAACGGAAUCGCCUCGCCACUGCGCACUACGAGCACAGGAGACAAGGCGCCGGCCACGGCCAGACCGAGAUGGAGGAGCGGGAUGAGACGAUACAGGAGACGAUGAAAGCCAUUCUUGACACCCUUGCGGAGCGGAACACGGCCUACGAAGAAGCGUACAAGCUGGCGAAACACGACCCGACCAUUGACCUUGGCCGUACUGGGCACCAAUACCAGGAAUCUUCGUACGACGCAGAGGACAUGUACCAGGAAGAUGACAAUCUGAGUGACCCAGUUGGCGUGGUACCGAAAGAGGCUGCGGAAGGGCAGCCUCCACAAUCAGAGACGAUAUCUGUCCAACCCUCAUCCGUACCUUUACCAGAGGCAGCACCUUCCAAACAGCAGCCCAAGCAGCCAAAUGCAUUGUAAGAAAGCGAAGAUGAUCUGAGAACUGUGAUCAGAGGGAACACGCUGUAUGAUAACUUUUGUCGGACAGAGCCCGAGUAGUGGUUAGCUUAGCAACCGCAGGUGUACAUGUUUUGAUACGGAGCUGUUGAUACUACUGUAGCAUAUGUUGAAAUAGUGCAGACUCGCAAGCGAGUGCAUGGAAACUCG